AAAAAAGGUUUUGUAAGCAAGGAAAGGUUCCCUUUACGUGGGAAAUCCUUAACUCAAUCCUCUGUGACAGUUAACCAUCGCCGGGCAAUACUAUGUCCUUACUUGCCGCUCGUUCACCGCCGUCCCUCUUCGCCGUUCCUCAAUAUCAACCGCCAUUUCCAACCUCUCGAACCUGGCUUCUCUCCCAUCCCUUCCAGGUUUCUCACGCGCUCCUCCGGGCUUCCAGAAGAGCCUCCAAUUUCUCUCAGGGAGUUGAUGAUCCGGUGGAUGAUCGGCGCAACUGGAACGGCUCGAUUGGCUCCGACUUCGACUUAAUCGGUGGAGAGGAGGAGGAGGAGGAGGAGGAGGAUGAAGAUGAGGAAGAGGAUAGAAGUUUGGAUCUAUUGGUUCAGUUUGUUGAGAAUGUUUUCAGGAAGGUCUCGAGGCGAGCCCGGAAGGCUGUGCGAUCGGUUCUUCCCCAAUCCAUCCCUACUAAACUGGUGGGAUUUUGUGUCAAUGGGGUGUUAAUGCUGGCAUUUUUGUGGGUUUUGAAGGCAUUUCUUGAGGUGAUAUGCACACUUGGAACUGCAGUAUUUGUGAGCAUACUCAUCAUUCGUGGCGUGUGGAUUGGCAUCUUAUAUCUACAAGAUAUCCGCAGCCACAGGCUCGAUCAACUGGAUGAUGAUCAGCCCCAUGCCUGGACUGGUGCGCAGCCCGCAUCCUGAACUCCUCAAUCACUCAACUGCUUAUAACUUGCAAGGUUAGUGAUACCACCAAUAGCUUAGAAUAAUGGGCCUUCAUGUUUAUCUCAUUUUGAUCUGUAAAUUCUUGUUCUUGUUCUUGUUCUCUGUGUUCGUAUAGAAAGGUGUUUUAAUCCAUAAGUGUUUGAAACCUUCAAUCCAGUAAUGGGUUAUGUGUUGGUUUGGUCUCUUUUCCAAGUUUAUAAACUUACUGUUGAUGCACGUGUAAGGCAGGUGAAUCUCCUUGCUCGGAUUUGUGCAUCGACGUAUUUCAACAAGUUAGAAAACGUUCCUUUUGAUAAAUUGUUCUUGUAAUUCUGAAUAUAGUUUUGAGAAGAUGAAUUGAUA